CUCUCUCCUUAUGGCCUACGGUUACUCUGUUUCAUUCUCUGUCUUCUUAACCUUCAACCUCUGACCUCUGUUAACCUGUGCACAUCCCGCUUAACCGCCGAUUGAUGACAACAAAGCCAAGAUCAGAACCAAGAAAACGGAUGAUAAGAAAGCGGAGGAGACAUCGAAAAGAAGCAGAAGAAAAGACGAGGUGGUGACUGUUGAAGGGUUAGAUGUCUAUGGUGUUGAGUAGCAGAGAGGUCUCUGCGGGGCCCACUGUUGGGUUUCCGAGCGAUGUCGCCGCUCCUCCCUCGGCUUACGUUAGCAAUCGGAAGGUGUACGCCGCCGAUUUCUCCGCUGCCGCUGCCGCUGCUGCUGCUGCUGCUGCAUGUUCUUCGUAUUGUUGUUUGGAGAAGAAGGAAAAGAACGAGUUGUCGGUGACCGGUGAGUCGACGAGGCGGAAGGGUUUGGUUCAAUCGGCGGAGCUUUCGAUGGAGAGCUCGUCGAUAGGGGUCUCCGGACAAAGUACUUCCACGACGGUAGACGGUGAUGAUGAUGACGAGGGUGAGGAGGUUCAGAGUAAAUUCAAAAGUCAUGGUGGAGUUGGUGCUUUGGGUUCCUUGGAUUCCCUGGAAGAAUCUCUUCCCAUCAAAAGAGGGUUGUCGAUCUACUUCUCUGGGAAGUCGAAAUCGUUCGCAAACUUAUCAGAUGUUAGCAGAGUAGAAGAUCUUGCAAAAUCAGAGAAUCCUUUUAACAAGAGGAGGAGAAUUCUCAUGUCUUGCAAAUGGUCCAAUAGAUCUUUUUACAACCGAUCCCUCAAUCCCACAACCUCCAUGCCUCACCUUGCUGUCUUGGAUGAAGACGAAGAAGAUCAAACAGAGGAUCAUGGUCAUCGUCAUCAUCUUGAUAAAAAUUUGAACAAGAACAUGGAGGAAAAAACUAUUGAGGUCUCAGACUCUCCUCCAUCACCCCCAUCUCAAAUGCCAAGAAAGUUCAACAACUUCAAGUGUGGGAAAUGUUUCUCUCUUACAGAUCUACAGAACCAUUAAUCGUCAUAACCUCUCUCCCUCACUUGGAAUAGGAAA